AUGCCUGAGCCACGCACCGAGAAGCAGGUCCGAGGUUUCCUGGGAAGGUUGAACUACAUAGUGAGAUUCAUAUCACAACUGACCUCCACUUGCAAGCCUCUUUUCCAAUUAUUGCGUAAGAAUCAGUCCAUCCAAUGGGAUGAUGAUUGUCAAGUGGCAUUUGAAAGGAUUAAACAGUGUCUCAUGAAUCCUCCUAUGCUCAUACCACUGGUGCCCGAAAGAUCUUUUAUCCUAUACAUGACUGUAUUAGAUGAGUCAAUGGGGUGUGUGCUGGGACAGCAUGAUGAGUCCGAAAAAAGGGAACGAACCGUCUAUUACUUGAGCAAGAAGUUCACGGCAUGCGAGAUGAACUACUCUUUGCUAGAGAGGACAUGUUGUUCCUUGGUAUGGGUAGCUCACCGUCUGAGGCAGUAUAUGCUGAAUUACACUACUUGGUUGGUGCCCAAAAUGGAUCUCGUCAAGUACAUCUUCGAAAAGCCCUCUCUCACUGGACGGAUAGCCCGGUGGCAGGUUCUGCUAUCAGAAUUUGAUAUUGUCUAUGUCACUCAAAAGGUAAUAAAGGGAAGUGCCUUGGCUGAUUACCUAGCUCAACAGCCCAUCAAUGAUUAUCAGCCUAUGCAUCCAGAAUUCCCAAAUGAGGACAUCAUGACCUUGUUUGAGGAGGAAGUAAAAGAUGAAGACAGGGACAAGUGGAUCGUGUGGUUUGACGGCGCGUCUAAUACACUAUGCCAUGGAAUUGGGGUAGUAUUGAUUUCUCUGUACAAACAAUAUAUACCUUUCACGGCUAGGUUGUGCUUCGACUGCACAAACAACAUAGCAGAGUACGAGUUGAAAGGUGAAUGGGAGACCAGGGACCACAAAUUGGUACCUUACCAAGCUUAUAUCAGGAAGUUGAUGGAAUUCUUUGAUGACAUAUCUUUUCAUCACAUUCUAAGAGAGGAAAAUCAGAUGGCUGACGCCCUUGCCACUCUAGCGUCCAUGUUCAAAGUAAGCCCGCACGGAGAUUUGUCGUACAUCAAAUUUAGAUGCCGUAGUGAGCCUGCACAUUGCAAUUUGAUAGAAGAAGAGGAGGAUGGUAAGCCUUGGAACUUCGAUAUCAAACGAUACAUCGAAGACAAGGAAUACCCGCCUGAGGCCUCUGACAACGACAAAAGGACAUUACGAAGGUUGGCGGCCGGUUUCCUCCUUAGUGGAAAUAUCUUGUACAAGAGAAACCAUGACAUGGUGUUGCUUCGGUGUGUCGAUGCAAGAGAGGCCGAACAAAUGCUAAUAGAGGUGCACGAGGGGUCCUUUGGUAUGCAUGCCAAUGGACAUGCCAUAGCCCAAAAGAUUCUAAGAGCGGGGUAUUACUGGCUCACUAUGGAGAGCAAUUGUUACGUUCAUGUGAGGAAAUGCCAUAAGUGUCAGACCUUCACUGAUAAUGUUAAUGCUUCACCUGUACCAUUGAACAUCUUGGCAGCACCUUGGCCAUUCUCUAUGUGGGGCAUAGACGUGAUUGGGGCCAUCAAACCCAAGGCUUCCAACAGGCAUCGCUUCAUCUUAGUCGCCAUUGAUUACUUCAGAAAGUGGGUGGAAGCAGCUUCAUAUGCUAGCGUGACUAGGAAUGUGGCAAUGGCUCCAAAGAAGCUUCUCACUGAAAGGGCUAGGAAGGACACCGUAGGGGAGGGAUCCAGUGCAACCCCACAAGAAGAAAUUGAGUUUGACGAACACCAUUUCUGA